UGCUUGAGGGUGGUGAUGGUAGUGGAGAUUUAACAUUGAGACAGCUAGUUAUGAAGGGAAAGAAAAAAUUUAAAGUGAAGAAUGCAGCAAGCUCAUCCGGUGUUGAUAUUGAUGUGUUGAAGGGUGCUGUGUUGCGAUAUGCAAGGGAUUCGAAUAACUUGAAGGAAAUCCUUUUCAGUCGUGUUGAUGGAUUCGAUUGCUUGUAUAGAAAAGACACAGAGACUUUGGCA